GCGGCUGAUUUUUAACCUUGACGCACGAGAGACGCUCACAGUCACAGAGUAACGCUUGAAGACGCGAGCUAACAGCCUUCAGAGGCUUCAGAGGAAUUACCGCCGCGGGAAGGAUUUUAUUUUUAACAGCUGAAACUAUCGUCGUCAUUACCAGAAAGGAAAAUAUGAAGUUUUUAACUGUUUUGCGUCUUUUCGUCCUUACCGUGGCUGUCACGUCGGUGAGCGGUGCGUCUAUAGAGCGCUUUGAGAGCGAGAGGCCUGCACAGACAGCUGUGAUCGACCUUCUGGGGGUACUGAGCGAGAAGAGAUCUACUGUGGAUGGCAAGCAAGUGGAAUAUGAGGAGGAAGACGAGUAUUACUAUGACGACGAAGAGGAGGACGAGCUCUCAGGGGAUUACGAAGAGCCACUUGUUGCGUUUUCGAGCAAACCCAAAGACCAGAGUGCGGUUUUGAGCGCGGAGAAACGCGAAGGCUUGAAUAGGAAGGGGCUCGGAAGGAAGAAGGCCAAAGGAAAGGGAAAAGGCAAGAAAAGAAACCCAUGUCUAAAAAAGUACAAGGACUUCUGCAUCCACGGAACCUGCCAGUAUCUGAAGGACUUAAAGGGGCCCUCUUGCAUAUGUGACCAGGGCUACUCAGGAGAGCGAUGUCACCUUUUCUCCCUGGAAGUAAGGAAGAAUGAUAGCGCAUAUAACCGCACUACAGCGCUUGCUGUGGUGGCCGUGGUUCUCUCUUUCUUGUGUCUCACCAUCAUUGGACUCUUACUGGCACUCAGGUUUCACAAGCAAGGUGCGUAUAACGUGGAAAAUGAGGAGAAGGUUAAACUGGGAGCCGCCCCACACCACUAAACGAGACGGGAGAGAACGGGCAACCGUGUGGAAAUUCUACCUCAAAAAUGAAGUGGCAAAGUUGAAUGUUGCGCGGAGCAGAGGGCACAGCGUGCUGGAGGAGAGGACGGUGACGGCGUUUGUUUGGCAGGAGCCCGCGGCGCCUCCGUGAAGGGCCUGACUCACCAAUGACUCGCUAAACGGUUCACAGGAGAGCUCAAAACCUGCCACAAACUGGAACUCUGGCGGACGGACUCGGUCAGGAAGAGAAAACCGAGCUGUGCCACACCGAAUAAGAAGGAACUCUUCGGGGUUGGGAAUGUAGUUUGAGUUUUAGAGGCGGGGCUUUUUCUAGUGCUGAAGAAGCUUGGCCUGAAAUGAGUAUUCUUACAAAUAAGCGUUUUUGUUCAUGUCUUGUGCACUGUUUAUUUAAUCGUUGCUGGCUAUGCUUUAAUUUAUUUAUUUAUGUAUAUAUCUAUAUUAUUAACUAUUCGUAUUUAUUUGGAUUUAGACCAACAUUGUCCAGCCCUAAUGCUCUGGCAACGUAUUUGGAUGUGUCUGUGUUGUAUGUUGAUGUAAUAUUUUAUUUAUUAAAAGCAGUAGCAAUCCGUGUCUAUUCAGUAAAUGAGUACUGAACGAUGGUAGACUGAAAGUCAAAAUAGUAUAUCAAUAAUGGUAUUUUAUAUUUUUGAUGCAUUUAAUGAAGAGAAGUUAUUAUUUGUAUUUUGACGUUCAGGACAGUGUUAGAAUGUAUAUUUCAGCAAACUUUAAGAAAAAAGCGUGGUUUUUUUUUUUUGUUUUUUUUUUUGUUUGGCCAGUAAAGUGCUGACACUGUUACCGAACAGAAUUAAGAAAUGUGAAUUCAGUUCAUUUUCUGUUUUAAUUUCAGCAUCCUGCUCUAUAAGACACCGUAGUUGUUUCCUCGUUCUCUCAAUGUAUGUAUGGAGCGUUUAUUUUCAAAAACAAAAACGCUCCGGCAAGAAAUUAAGGCAAAUAAUAAAACCUCUUUAUACAAAA